AACGCGCCUUCAGAUUUCUCUCUCGAUAGGGUUUGAGGUUAGGGGCCGCUCCUCUCCCCCAUACCCCAUGGCCGACCUCGGCGGCUACGACAUGCGGCGGCAGCCGACUGCGGCGGAAGUGGUGGGGCGCCUCAAGGACGACGGCGACUUCGACGCCCUCCGCCGCGCCAUCAUCCGCAAGGUCAAGGACAACGAGGUGCUGCGCAACAACAUAAUCGCAGAAGUCAAGCAGUCAAUGGUACUAAGUGAAGAUGGCUCUGAAAAGUUAAAAUUAAAAGAACUCUCUGAUGCAAUUUUUCAAGAUGUUGGGAGCAAAAUAAUGGGCCAAAUCUCAGACGAGGUAUGGAGUGUCAUCCAGUCGAAAGAAACAGAUAUCCGAGGAACCGUGGAAGUUAUCUUCAACAGGAUAAUGAACCCUGAACAGCAAGAGGACGCCGGGCCUUCUUCCAAGAAGCUGAAGAGAAAUGGCAAAGAGGAGCAAGUUUCGCCACCAAAAGCCUCAACCUCUGUUACAGCCAAGACGGAAGAAGAAGAUGAUGAUCCAGAGGCACCACCAGGGUUUGGCUUCAGUAAUCAUCAGGGCAGCAAUGGCACGGUAAAGCUGGACCAGCCAUUGAAUGUGGAGAAUCAUUCCCAGGUGAAACCAACCGAGGAUAAGCCAGUUGACGCUGGUAGUUUGGGGGAUGCCGACGAUGAGGAUCCCGAUGUGCCUCCUGGAUUUGGCUAAUAGCCUUGCCCUCUCCUAUGACUGUACCAUUGUUUCUUUGGCAGCAAUGUUGGGGAAGAUUUCAUAUUUGCUGCUUGAGAGGUGUAGCCAUGUAGUUGUUCAUAUGAGUUCUAGUCAUGAAACUGAACCAGUACAGUCUGUGAUGGUGGCAGCUGCCAAGUUCAUGCCACCCUUAGCUUUAGCUUCUGUUGUAUUAAUCAGAAGACAAAUGGUCAAUAGAUUAAAUGGUUUUCCAACGAUGGCUUGA